AUGUUAACCAAUGGACAAUUCUUUAUUGUAGGACUAUUUGGUUUCAUUAGUGGUUUUACUAUAAUGAUAACUGGAAAUAGCUUAAAUUACUGGUUGGCUAAAGAAAAUAUUGACUUAGAAUCAAUUAUUCAGCUCAAGAUACGAUUCUUGGUGCACUUCGUACUGAAAUUAUUACAAAAGAAUUACAAGGCACAAUAUCUGGAAUUUAUAUUUUUGGCUAUCGUAUGUUACUUUCAAAUUCUGGUUCCAUAUAUUUAUCUAUUUAUAUUGGAUGGAAUAAAAUUACCAGAUAAUUUUAUUAGCAUGAUGAUUAAUCCAUUUCUAAUUCAUCUUGGUUAUAACGAGAUUGAAAUAGCAAGUGCUGGAAAAUUCUUUGGUAUAAUUAGCUCUAUAAUAGGUGGAUUAAUAGCAAGUAAAUUUCGUGCAACUCAAUAUUCAUUCUUUUCAUCCAUGAUGGGCUUUUCUAGAUCAAUUUUCCCAAUAAUUUCAGGAUAUUUAAAUUCGGGUGGAAGAAUUUCUUUAUAUUUACUAUUAUUACUACCAUUCCAUCCUUAA